UUUCUGGCACGAGCAUCAUGUACCACGUGACUCAGUGUUUGUGCUUGCUGGAGGAAGUAGUGUGACCGACUGAGAGGAUACACGAGAGAGUGGAACAGUUUAUCUUACUUUAUCAGCAGCGGUAGCAUCACACUGGUGAACACAUGUCGAUAUCGUUCUGAUAUGUUGGCGUGAAGUGUGAAUAGGACUGAAUUGUUUGGAGCAGAUAUAGCCUACCGUUCACGUUGAUGGCUAGUUAGCUGUUGUAAUGUAGCCUUUGCUUAGCUUGACAUCAGCUAGCAUUCAAGGUAGCUCCUAACAACUUUAAUCACACUCCGUUAUAACAUAUUUUACAACUGCACUUUGACCUGCAGUGAGGUCUUCAGACUGUCGGGACGCCUAUUGAAAUGCCCUUUUAUCAGAUCGACUUUGCUUAGGACUCCAGGGUCUGUCUGGAAUCUGUUAGCAAGCAAGCUAAGUGCCUUGCUGGUUGACAGCAAAGUAAUGUGUUUUAGAAAGAUGACCAGCAUCUGCAUCCAGAGUCAGACAUUCUGACUGAGAAAAUGACGAGGAGGUGAUGCAGUGUGCGUGCGUGGAGGUCAAAAGCACAAUGGUGGUGUCUGAGUUUCAUUGGGCCCAGCAAAUCCCCUUGCCAAAGCUUGGCCCAACUCAUUCCAGGAUCGUAGUUGGUCUCGUUGCUUUGGUCUGUUUUAUAAACAGCUAUGACGGUGAAUUUGUCUUUGACGAUUCGGAAGCUAUUGUGAAUAAUAAGGAUUUACAGCCCUCAACCCCUCUGAAUAAUAUUUGGAAGAAUGACUUCUGGGGAAGUAACCUGAGCAGCAACUCAAGUCACAAAUCCUACCGGCCCCUCACUGUCCUCACGUUUAGGCUCAACUACCUUGUGGCCGGUGGCCUGCACCCCGUCGGCUUCCACGUGCUCAACAUCGCCCUUCACAGCGUCAUAUCCGUGUUAAUGACCGACGUGUUUGCAAUAUUAAUUGGCGGCCUGGCCUACGACGGUAAAGGCCAGAGGCUCAACCAGGCUCCGAAAGCCUCCUUCUUAGCAGCUCUGUUAUUCGCUGCCCACCCAGUUCACACUGAAAGUGUGGCUGGCAUUGUUGGCCGUGCAGACCUGCUGUGUGCUUUGUUCUUCCAGCUCUCGUUCCUGGCUUAUUGCAGAGGCUUCCGAGGAGGUAAUGAGAGAAACUUCUCGGUGCCAUGGAUAGUCUUCAGCCUGUUGCUGUGCGCUGCGGCCAUGCUCUGCAAAGAACAAGGCAUCACUGUUCUGGGUGUCAACGCUGCCUUUGAUGUGCUCAUGAUCUGCAAUGUAAAUAUCUAUGAGCUCACCCACCGGCUCCUGUUCAAGGGGAAACCAGUAGAUGCGAGUGAGUUUGUGCGAGCGGGUCUUGUGGUGAGACUGGUGCUACUCCUGUUGGGCGGCUCACUGCUGUUAUAUGCCAGAUGGAGGAUCAUGGGAACUGGUCCCCCCGCCUUCACCGAAGUCGAUAACCCAGCAUCCUUUGCUGAAAAUGUAUUCCUCAGAAUUGUGAACUAUAAUUACUACUACUCCUUGAAUGCGUGGCUGCUCCUGUGUCCCUGGUGGCUGUGUUUUGAUUGGUCGAUGGGCUGUGUGCCGCUCAUUAAGUCGGCUGAUGAUUGGAGGAUCAUCGCGGUGCUGCUGCUGUGGAGCUGCUUGGGCGGUUUGAUGAGCCAGGCUCUGUGCUCGCAUGACGCCGUUAAGAGGAGGAUUCUGACCUUUACCCUGGUGCUCUUGGUCAUCCCCUUCCUGCCGGCCAGCAACCUGUUCUUCCGUGUGGGCUUCGUCGUGGCCGAGCGGGUGCUGUACCUGUCCACGGCCGGCUACUGCCUGCUCCUGGCCUAUGCCCUGGGCCACGUCUGCUGCCUCUGGAGGAAGCACAGGAAACUGCUGGGGGUGGCCCUGUUGGCUCUGGUGUGUGUGUACGUGGCGCGGUGUGCCCAGCGGAGCAGACAGUGGCGCUCGGAACAGAGCCUCUUCACCAGCGCCCUGCCUGUCUGUCCUCUCAACGCCAAGGUCCAUUAUAAUGUGGGCAAGAACCUGGCAGACAGAGGAAACCAGGGGGCUGCGAUCAAGUACUACCGCGAAGCUGUGAGGUUGCAUCCUAAGUACGUCCACGCCAUGAACAACCUGGGCAACAUCCUGAAGGAGAGGGACGAGCUGGUGGAGGCAGAAGAACUGCUCUCUACUGCUGUUCACAUCCAGCCUGAUUUUGCUGCUGCCUGGAUGAAUCUGGGCAUUGUGCAGAACAGCCUAAAGAAGUUUGAUGCCGCCGAGCAUAGCUACUGGAACGCCAUCAAACACAGGAGGAGAUACCCUGACUGCUACUACAACCUUGGACGCCUGUACGCAGACCUGAACAGGCACGUGGAUGCGCUGAAUGCCUGGAGAAACGCCACCAUGCUGAAGCCAGAACACAGCCUGGCCUGGAACAACAUGGUCAUCCUGCUGGACAACACGGGUAACCUGGAUCAAGCCGAGGUGAUUGGCAGAGAAGCCUUGAAGAUCUUGCCCCAUGACCCCACAAUCAUGUUCUCGUUAGCCAACGUCCUGGGAAAGCUGCAAAAAUACGAGGAAUCAGAAGGUUUCUUCAUACAUGCUCUGAAGAUCAACCCCAGUGCUGCCAGUUGCCAUGGCAAUCUUGCCGUUCUCUACCAUCGCUGGGGAAAACUGGAUUUGGCCAAAAGACACUAUGAACAGGCCCUAAAACUAGACCCCAGCACACCGGGGACGAGGGAGAACUACAACAUGCUGCGCCGCAAACUGGAACAGAAACAGAAGACUAACAGCUAAAUAAAGAAGUGUGUGCAUGUGUGUGUGUGUGUGUGUGUACAUGGUGCACAUUAGUCUGUGUGUGUGUAUGUGCACACAUGUGGUGUGUGGUGAUAUUUAUUGCAUGAUGCAGUAGCCUACAGUCUUGCACAUGGUGGAAUUAAUAAAAGACGAUUCCUGGUUUUGA